AUGGAGGGAUGUUGGGAUAGACUGUAUGUUCACAUCCGUAAAGUCAAGCUCUUGAAGUCGCCCAAAUUCGAUCUCGGUGCCUUGCUGAAUCUGCACGGGGAGUCGACAGCGGAUGAGUCUGGUCAGAAGGUGGAGCGUGAGUUCAACUUUUCCUACUUAUUACUUUAA